UUAUAGUCCCAACCCAACCUUUAUAUUCUCUACAGUUCUCCUUCAACUCUCGCUUCUGUUCCCUUCUCCUCUCUUCUGUUCCCUCUCUUCCCAGCUUUACUUUUUUGCCAAUCUCUGCUCACAGAAAGAUCCAGGAGAAUGGAUGCAAUAAGGAAGCAGGCUAGCAAAUUAAGGGAGCAAGUUGCCAAGCAGCAGCAGGCUAUACUUAGACAACUAGGCCAAAUUAGCAAUGAACCGCUUAUAACAGACGAAUCAGAAGUUCAAUGUCACCAACAACUGCGAAAAUUAUACAAUUCUACUAAGGUAGCCAAGAAUUUUCAGCGGCAUAUUGUGCGUGGUAUUGAAGGUUUAACCUCUGUUAGUUCAAAGCAGAUGGAGAUAGUAAGGAAGUUGGCAAAAGAAUGUUGUAAGUACGGGACUGAGAAUGAAAGCAGUAAAUAUCCUCUUGCAAGGGCUUCUCUUCACAUGGGUAACUCAUAUGAUUUAAUGCAAAAUGAAAGGGAGACUUUGCUUGCAAUCUACAGUCAUCAGGUCUCUGAGCCAUUACGGGCACAAAUUACAGGAGCUCCUUUAGAGGAUGCACGCCACCUUGCUUAUCGCUAUGACAAACUUUUUCAAGAGGUAGAAGCUCAGGCUGCUGAAGUUUUGAGGCGUCGAUCAAAGUUGAGGGAUUCUUCUGUUUCUGCAGAGAACUCCAUGAAGCUUCAAAAUGCAGAGGCAAGGUUGAAAGAACUUAAAUCAGCCUUGGUAGCGCUUGGUAGAGAAGCAACUGCUGCUAUGGUGUCAGUUGAAGAUCAACAACAACAGAUAACUCUUAAGAGCCUUCAUACAAUGGUGGAUGCUGAGAGAGCUUAUCAUGAGCAUGCCCUUGUUAUUUUAGAGAAGCUUUAUUCUGAGAUGAUUCUGGAGAAGCAAUCAAAGGAGUCUCCUGCCAUUCCAGUGCCAAGAGAUGGAUACAAUCAACCUGUAUCUGAGAAUGCUAAUCUGAAUGGUUUUGAUCAUCAAAGCACCAAUCCGAUGGGCACCUAUUAUUUUGCGAAGGUGGUACACCCAUUUGAUGCUCAAGCUGAGGGAGAGUUAAGUUUAUCAGUUGAUGAUUACGUUGUAGUUCGGCAGGUUUCUCCCCAUGGAUGGUCUGAAGGAUUAUGCAAAGGCGAUGCUGGAUGGUUUCCCUCAGCAUAUGUAGAGAGACAGGACAAAAUACCAGCGAGCACGAUAAUGGAGAUAACUUCAACAUCUUGAUCUUUGUUUAGUUUCUGCAAAACCUGUAUAUUCUAACUCUCUUCAUAGGUCUCUUCCUGCGAACGAGUUGGUUCUCUGCAACAUGUUGGGUAAGCAAGCAUGAAUUGUUAUAUAUGUGUGGCAGUUUAUAGGUGUAGAUCAGCCUGUGAUAAUAGAUGAGUGUGCUUAUAUCCUACGGCAUCCUUGUAAAGAGUGUAAUUUUCCACGUUAGCAGAAUCUUGACAAGGUGGAUAAAUGAGUAGUUUUAGUGUUUCCUGAUUAGGAAUUUGUGUGGAAUUGCAUUAUUUUAUCAAUGCAUUAUCAAUAUCAAUUAUUAUUAUUAUUA